UGGACCACAUGACACCGGAAGCUGUUUCAACAACACGGAUGCUGACUCAUUCAACCACCUCCGUAGCCUGGUAGCCAACAUACAACCGAAAACAAGCUCUUUGGACCAUUUUUGUGUAUAUUGAUCUCGGUGUUUUUAACACAAUCCUCUUUACGUAUCUACUAUUUAACUUAAAGUAAUUUGCUUGUUAAAUGUACAAAUGUGUUGAUUAUACUGAGUCUAGCACUAAGCUUAUCGCUAAUGCUAGCUAGCCCGACCAUGAGGUCACUAAGCUAAUCUCCUCCUUCUAAUGAAGAGGUGGUCGGCUGGACGGAGAAAGAAGCUCUGGGACUGAACAUUGUCAUGAAAGAAGAGGAGGAGGAUAUUACUGUAAAAGGAGAGGAAGAAGCUUUCAGAAUGAAAGAGGAGGAAGAGGAGGCCAUAACAUUGAAAGAAGAAAAGGAACAUUUUAGAGUGAAAGAGGAAGAGGGGAUAGUAGUUUUCAGAAUGAAAAAGGAGGAAGAGGAGGCCAUAACAUUGAAAGAAGAAGAGAAUGAACAUUUUAGAGUGAAAGAGGAAGAGGGGAUAGAAGUUUUCAGAAUGAAAAAUGAUGAAGAGGAGGCCAUACCAUUGAAAGAAGAAGAGAAUGAUGUUACAGUGAAAGAAGAGAAAGAACAUUUUAGAGUGAAAGAGGAAGAGGGGAUAGAGGCUGUCAUAGUGGAAGAAGAGGAGGUAGAAGCUUUCAGAAUGAAAAAGGAGGAAGAGGAGGAUGUAACAUUGAACAAAGAAGAGGAGGGUGUUUUGGGAGAUGAAGGAGAGGAUGAGAAGACUGAAGAUCUGAUUAACACCAGAGAGGGACCAGACUCUCACUCUGACAGCGGAAAGAGUCCUUCAGGGGGACCAGACCCAGUGACACCCAAACCAGCGAGACAACACCACUGCUCCCAAUGUGAAAAGAGAUUUUCCCUAUCAUGGGCCCUAAAACGGCAUGAGAGGACACACACAGGAGAAAGGCCUUUCCAAUGUUCCCAGUGUAGAAAGAGUUUUACUUUGUUAGGAAACCUGAGGGAGCAUAAGAGAAUACACUCUGGAGAGAAACCGUACAACUGUUCCCAGUGUGGAAAGUGUUUCGCCUGGUCAGGGAGCCUAAAGCAGCAUGAGAGGAUACACACAGGGGAAAAGCCUUUCCAAUGUUCCCAGUGUGGAAAGCGUUUUACCCGCUUAAGGAGUCUGGAGGAGCAUGAGAGGAUACACACAGGGGUAAAGCCUUUCCAAUGUUCCCAGUGUGGAAAGCGUUUUACCCAGUUAGGGACCCUAAAAGAGCAUGAGACAACACACGCACAAGAAAAGCUCUGCCAAUGCUCCCAGUGUGGAAAGAGUUUUAUCAAUUUAAAACAUCUGAAUAAGCACGCAAGAAUACAUACACAGAAGGAGAAGACUUACCACUGCUCUGUGUGGAAAGACAUUUUCCCAGUCAGAGGACCUGAAAUCACAUGAGAGAAUAGAGAGGCUGUGUUCUGACUUAUGUUUUUGACCUGAGAAUUUAGGUUUUUGUUCAUGCCAAAUGAAAUCAUAUAGUUUAUAUGAAAUAAUUAACAAAAUAGACCUACUUUUGUUUUAGUUUCCAUCUGGAGAUGAUAAAUACUAUACAAUGUGUUUUGAUUAUGAACUUUAAUCCAUUGCAUACAAGUAUAAACCCUCUAAUAUUGUUCAUUAUAUAUUUGGGAUAUUGCUAAAUGUUAAUUACUUUAUAGAUUAAUGGAGUUUUGGAUUUCUUGAUUCUAACCUUAAACCUAAAUGAAUUUGAAUACAUGAUUUAGAUAUUGAAUAGAAUAAUAGAAUGUGCAUUUAUUGAAUUUAGUCGUUUUGUUUCAUUGAGUUAAUUUGUGUAUUAGUCAUCAAGCUAAAGGACUAUGAAAAUAUGAUGGUGUUUUUAUAAUAAAGUUGUUGACAUGAAAAACA